AUGAGCCCCUGUCAGAAAGAGCUGCAGGAGAUCCCUGCAGAGACUGACCGCUCGUCAUGGGCAGGUCCACCCACCCCCAGCCUGCUGGCAGCUCCAGCUUUCAGAGUGUGGAAUCAGACGGGCACUGAGGUCCUCCAUGUCCCAGGCCCUGGGGGACAGGCAGGGGAGUGGGGCUGGGUCCUGGAGGCCUGUCCUUGGUGGGACAAACAUCACGAUGCUGCUCACGAGAUCAUCGAGACCAUCCGAUGGGUCUGUGAAGAAAUCCCGGACCUCAAGCUCGCCAUGGAGAACUAUGUUCUGAUUGACUAUGACACCAAAAGCUUCGAGAGCAUGCAGAGGCUCUGUGACAAGUACAACCGGGCCAUCGACAGCAUCCAUCAGCUGUGGAAGGGGACCACGCAGCCCAUGAAGCUGAACACACGGCCCUGCAACGGGCUGCUGCGACACAUCCUGCAGCAGGUCUACAACCACUCGGUCACCGACCCCGAGAAGCUCAACAACUACGAGCCCUUCUCGCCUGAGGUGUAUGGAGAGACCUCCUUCGACCUGGUGGCGCAGAUGAUCGACGAGAUCAAGAUGACUGAGGACGACCUGUUUGUGGACUUGGGCAGCGGAGUGGGCCAGGUCGUACUCCAGGUCGCCGCAGCCACCAACUGCAAACAUCACUACGGAGUCGAGAAAGCUGACAUCCCAGCCAAGUACGCGGAGACGAUGGACAGAGAGUUCAGGAAGUGGAUGAAAUGGUAUGGAAAAAAGCAUGCCGAAUACACACUGGAAAGAGGCGAUUUCCUCUCAGAAGAGUGGCGAGAGCGGAUUGCGAACACAAGUGUUAUAUUUGUGAAUAACUUUGCCUUUGGUCCUGAGGUGGAUCACCAGCUGAAGGAACGAUUUGCAAACAUGAAGGAAGGUGGCAGAAUCGUAUCCUCCAAACCCUUUGCACCUCUGAACUUCCGAAUCAACAGUCGGAACUUGAGUGACAUCGGCACCAUCAUGCGCGUUGUGGAGCUGUCGCCCCUGAAGGGCUCAGUCUCAUGGACCGGGAAGCCCGUCUCCUACUACCUGCACACUAUUGACAGAACCAUACUUGAAAACUAUUUUUCUAGUCUGAAAAACCCAAAACUCAGGGAGGAACAAGAGGCAGCUAGGCGCCGGCAGCAACGUGAGAACAAGAGCAACACGACCACUCCGACCAAGGUCCAGGAGAGCAGGGCGGACUCUGGUGCAGAGGACGACAAGGCCGGGGCCGCCACCGUCAAGAAGCCGUCCCCUUCCAAGGCCCGAAAGAAGAAGCUCAACAAGAAAGGACGCAAGAUGGCCGGCCGCAAGCGCGGACGCCCCAAGAAGAUGAGCGCUGCGAACCCCGAACGCAGGGCCAAGAAGAGCCAAACCGCACUGGACCUCCUGCAUGCACAGACCACACCCCCCACCGCCCCGUCCUCGCCUCAGGAUGCGUACAAGUCACCUCACAGUCCGUUCUACCAGCUACCUCCGGCCGUGCAGCGGCACGCGUCCAGCCCGCUGCUGGCGGCGCCCACCCCACCUGCACUGCAGAAGCUGCUAGAGUCCUUCAAGAUCCAAUAUCUGCAGUUCCUGGCAUACACCAAGACCCCACAGUACAAGGCCAACCUCCAACAGCUGCUGGACCAGGAGAAGGAGAAGAACACCCAGUUGCUGGGCGCAGCCCGGCAGCUCUUCAGCCACUGCCAGGCCCAGAAGGAGGAGAUUCGGAGGCUCUUCCAGCAGAAGUUGGAUGAGCUGGGCGUGAAGGCACUGACCUACAACGACCUGAUCCAAGCCCAGAAGGAGAUCUCUGCUCACAACCAGCAGCUGAAGGAGCAGACGGAGCAGCUAGAGAAGGACAACGACGCUCUGCGGGGACAGAGCCUGCAGCUGCUGAAGGCCCGCUGUGAAGAGCUGAAGCUGGACUGGCCCACCCUGUCGCUGGAGAAGCUGCUCAAGGAGAAGCAGGCCCUCAAGACCCAGAUCUCUGAGAAGCAGAGGCGCUGCCUAGAGCUGCAGAUCAGCAUCGUGGAGCUGGAGAAGAGCCAGAGGCAGCAGGAGCUUCUGCAGCUCAAGUCGUACGUGCCGGCCGAGGAGGCGCUGGCCGCGCACCUGCGUGGGAAGGGGGCGCCCGGCCGGGACCCGGAGCCUGACCCCAGCCGCCUGCACCUGGAGCUGGACUGCGCCAAGCUGUCCCUGCCCCCGCUGAGCAGCCUGAGCCCUGAGCUGUCCAUCAACGGCCACGCAGCGGGCUGUGAGCUGUAUGGUGCGCUCAGCCGGCCCUCGUCCAAACAGAACACCCCGCAGUACCUGGCCUCGCCCCUGGACCAGGAGGUGGUGCCCUGCACCCCCAGCCACGGGGCCCGGCCACGGCUCGAUAAGCUGGCCGGCCUGGCCCUGCCGGAUUACACACGUCUCUCGCCUGCAAAGAUCGUGCUGCGUCGCCACUUGAGCCAGGACCCUGCCGGGGCGAAGGUGACCAGCGAGCUGCAGGCCCGCGGGGAGCACGCCAAGGAGAACAGCCUGAGCUGUCAGAGUCCAGGCAUCUCCAGCAGCAUCAAGCUGAGCCCACAGGACCCACGGCCCGCGUCCCCUGCCGCCUCACCGAUGACCACUGAGAAGGGCAGCGAGAAGGGCCUGAAGGAGCGCCCGUACGGCAGCGAGACCAUCACCAGCCUGCCCGUGAGCAUCCCACUCAGCACCGUGCAGCCCAACAAGCUCCCGGUCAGCAUCCCCCUGGCCAGCGUGGUGCUGCCCAGCCGUGCCGAGCGCGUGAGGAGCACGCCCAGCCCCGUGCACCAGGGCCGAGACUCCUCCACCCUGGACAGACCCCUCGGUGCUAACCCCCACAGCGGUGUGGGCAGUGCUGCCGGAAACAGAGGCCUGGCCGUGGCCCCCGCAGGCUUCUCCUACUCUGGCUUGCUGGCCAUCAACGGGGCGUUGACGGGCAGCCCAGCACAGCUCGCCGGGGCCGAGCCAGCCACCUUCGACGAGUCCUCGGGGUCGGGCAGCCUCUUCACCACCAUGGGCUCCCGCAGCUCCACGCCACAGCACCCCUCCCUGCUGGCACAGGCUCGGGGCUCCGGCCCGGCCUCCCCUGCCCACCAGCUCUCGUCCAGCCCUCGGCUCGGGGCACCUGCCCAGGGCUUGCUCUCCGACGGUGCCGGCAGGGGGGACCUGCUCGGUGACACAGGCUUCUCAGAUCCCGAGAACGAAGCCAAGCGUAGGAUCGUUUUCUCCAUCACAGCCGGCGCCGGCGGGGCCCGGCCAUCUCCCUCCAGCAAGCACAGCCCCCUGACCACCAGCGCCCGUGGGGACAGCAGCCAGGGCCACGGGCAAGACAGCCGGAAGCGAGGCCGCAGGAAGCGCUCGUCAGCGGGCACCCCUAGCCUGAGCUCAGGCGUGUCCCCCAAGCGCCGGGCUCCGCCCUCCGUCACCAGCCUCCUCACGCAGUCCUCGGGGUCCCCCCUGAACCUCAACUCCAUGGUCAACAACAUUAACCAGCCCCUAGAAAUCACGGCCAUCUCGUCCCCCGAGAACUCCCUGAAGAGUUCACCUGCCCCCUACCAGGACCAUGACCAGCCGCCCGUGCUUAAGAAGGAGAAGCCGCUGGGCCAGACCAACGGGGCCCACUACUCCCCUCUGACCUCGGACGAGGAGCCGGGCUCGGAGGAUGAGCCCAGCAGUGCCAGAAUUGAGAGGAAAAUUGCCACAAUCUCCUUAGAAAGCAAAUCUCCUCCGAAAAGCUUGGAGAAUGGUGGUGGCCUGACCAGCCGGAAGCCAGCACCCACUGGUGAGCCGGUCAACAGUAGCAAGUGGAAGUCCACUUUCUCUCCCAUCUCGGACAUCAGCCUGGCCAAGUCUGCUGACAGCCCGCUGCAGGCCAGCUCUGCCCUGGGCCAGAACUCCCUGUUUGCCUUCCGGCCCGCCCUGGAGGAGUCCAGCCCCGCAGACACCAAGGGGGCCUUGCACCCCAGGAAGACCUUCGCAGGCUCCCUGGCCGGGGCUGACGGGUCCAUCCCCAGCACCAACGCUCCCAACGGCUUCACCCUGGGCGGGACCCUGGCCUCCGACCUCAGUUUACACAGCUUCAGCGAUGGUGCUUCUCUCUCCCACAAGACCCCCGAGGUGGCCGGGCUGAGCUUCCCCUCCCAGCGGGGCAAGGAGACCAGUGCCCCGGAAGCCAACCCCUUCCUGAGCAAGAGACCACUGGAUGGACUGGGCAGCCUGAAGGGGGAGGCCAGCAAGGAGCUGGGCCCAGCCCUGAGCGGCACGUCGGAGAAGGCAGUGGGGCCGCCCAGCGGGAAGGCAGGCCGAGGCCGUGACCGAGAGCUGGAUUUCACCCACGGCCACAACCUCUUCAUCUCGGCUGCCACCGUGCCCCCCGGGGGCCUCCUCACCGGCCCGGGCCUGGCCCCGGCGGCGUCCUCUGCAGGCACCCAUGCCCCCUCCGGCCAGACGCACCGCCCUUUCCUGGGCUCCUUCCCCCCUGGUUCGCAGUUCACACUGGGCCCCGUGUCCCUGCAGGCCAACCUGGGCUCGGUGGCCGGCUCCAGCGUGCUGCAGUCCCUGUUCAGUGCCGUGCCGGCCGCUGCAGGCCUGGUGCACGUGUCAUCUGCGGCCACCAGGCUCACCAACUCGCACACCAUGGGCACCUUCUCUUCUGGCGUCGCGGGCGGAACUGUUGGAGGUGUCUUUAACCACGCGGUGCCUUCUGCCUCUUCGCAUCCGCUCGGAGCCAGUUUCGGCAGCGGGGCUGUCUGUGGCAGUGCCACGCUGGGGUCAAGCCCUUGCCUCCAGGCUCCUGGUGCCCACGCUGCAGGCUCAUGGGAAGCUGCUGGCUGUUUGGAGGGCCGGUGUGGGGUGGGCUGCCUCCAUGGCGAGGUGGGUGAGGCUGUGCUCUACUUGGUGUCCCUGCACACUGAAGCACAGAGCACUCCCCACGAGGCCGAGGCUGGGCCUGACUCCCCUGCUCAGAGCACCCCGUGGGCAGCCAGCUGGAUCUGGGGCAGCACGUGGGCGCUGUGCCCCCGGUGGUUCCGCCGCGGUGGGCUCUGUGCCCGGCCGCCCUGUAGCAUUUCCGUCUGUCGGCUGAGCCUGCGGCCUGAGGUUUCAGCGCUCUGGUGCGGUGGCAGGGCCUCGGCCUGCACUCCUCGUAACCAGCAGUGGGCCAGGGUGGGCAAGAUCCAGUUACUUCGGCCCCGGGGAGGUGGUUCUGGAGUUUCUGUGCCCAUGUGUCAGGCAGGGGGCUUCUCAGAUAGUGGCCCCCGGUGCCGACCAGGCCCCGGUCCUCCUGUCAUGCUGAGCACUCGGGUAACUAGGACUUCUACCUCAGCCGCACGACUAUGCAAGGACAGCGUGGACCAUCGCGUGUGCUGCCCCGGUGCUGCGGCCGCAGGGUCACCACUGGACCGCGGACAGGACGGAGGAGCUACUGUGAACCUGCCGUGCGCCGCCGGGCCCGGGAGCGGCUCCGCGCACGCAUUGAUAGUUUUAGAUAAAGCCGUGCGGCCUCCCGCUCUCCUGGUGCUGACCGGAGGCCGAGCUGCCUGCCGCACUGUCCACGUCCCAGCGGAGGGGGCUGGUGGUGUCGUCUACCCUGGGGGUCGGACCCACCUCGAGCCCCCGUGCGUCACUGUGAACGCUGCCUGGCAACCCAUGGUGCUCGUCAGCCUGGCUGUCCCCCUCAAAGUACCCCCGCCCCAGUCGGUGCUCGGCUUGCAGGUGCUGCCUCACGUCAGUGGUCUCGGCUCCCGGCCCUUCCAGCCCCCAGGUGCCAUCCUGCUGGCCUCUGAGAGGUUCCCAAGUCGCCCGGGAGAGAGGUGGUUCCAGUCCUUAUCCAAGAAGGCCGCCCCGCCCGAGGGUGACAGCAACCGAGCCUCCCACCAGGCUUCCGACAGCUCUAGCGGGGGCACUGCUGUUGGCUCGUGGGCAACUUCAGGGAGCAAGUGGACCGCCCUCAGGAACCGACGAAAUCAAAUUCCCACUGGGCCUCGGCGCCCAGCCAUGAACUUAAGGUUGCUGCACCCCUAUUUCUCCGCACCCCGAGCCACCCCUCUGCUCAGGCUUGUUGGGAUCCUGCUUGCUGCCUCCUCCCCACUUCUCAACAUUCUGUGA